UGCAGGGUCACAUGGGUCGCCUCGAAGUUUGUUACUCCAUGAAGUUUCAGCGAUGGAACUGCCGGUGGUCAGUCUGAAGAUGAUCAUCGUUGUGCACUGGCUCCUGACAACUUGCUAUUUGAGAUCCUGGACAAGGCCCUCACUAAAAUCAAGCAGCACCCAACAGAUGUGUAAAAAUCACAGCUUGUUAAGGGGCUAUUUGUAUCCCUGGCUCCCACAACCCUACCUCUGGAGUAAUUAUGCUAUACUGGCCAUCGGGGUUUGGGCCAUUGCUCAGAGAGACUCUGUUGAUGCUGUUGUCAUGUAUCUAGUUGGCAUGUUGAUAACAGUUCUCAUGGACAUCAUCCACAUCGCAAUCAGCUAUGACCGUCUAGCUGGUAAACAGAUCGACAUUGCAUCAAGGGACCAGUUUCGCUUCAGUGUUGGCAUGACGAUUUUAAGUCUCCUUCUGAAACCGAUAUCUUGUUUUUUUGUGUAUCAGAUGUACAAGGAACGAGGGGGCGAUUAUAAUCUAAACUUUGGUUUUCCAGAUUUAACUGGCAAUCGGGAUCGAACCUCAUACCAGACCAUCGAUGGGCAGGAGCCUCACCCUCAACCUGCUGCUUUUGCAGGGGUGAAGACCUCUAGUACAGCCUACUAAUACCAAGCUGUAAGGCGCUACUGCUUGAAAGUCCAUAUAAACACCUUGUGCCUUUAGAUUCAGUAAUCACUUGCUUUUGUAUGUGUGUUGAUGAGUGAAUGUAUUCUGAAAAUUUCCUGUUCUUCUCUUCCAGGCGAGAUUACUGUGGUGACUGUCAGGGAGAUAGAUGUCAUGAUCUGUGGUUGGGGCAGGGCGAGAAGAGAAAAUGACUUUCUCUGAAUUGUUCUGUACAAGUUUUCCAGAUUUAACAGGCAGUCAAGAUCAAACUUCAUACCAGACCAUCACAAAGACCUUACUUGCAGUUGAGGUUGGAGAUUUUUGCAUGUCAAAAACUUCUGGCCCUAGUGAAUUUAGGUGUGUCUAUUAGGACCUCAGUUGAAAUGACUGUGUUCUGUUCAGGAUAUCCCAGUCUUGAUUGGAUAUGAGAUGUGGAAUAAAAGCUGUUCCCACCUGCAGAGAUGUUAUGGCUCAGUGGUGAUACAAAGCCAGAAUAGCUAGAGUGUCAUCAGAUGAAAGUGAUUCCUGCAGGCUGGGGUACUUUACUGCUGCUGUUUCACAAGCCUUUUCAUUGUAGACAGUGGCCUGUCAAUAUGACUGGAUCCUGGUUAGAAAGCUGUAGAAAGAUUUUUUUUUUUUCUAAAUUUACCACAACUGUGACCCCUGAAAAUGAUCAAGGUGUGGGAGUUUUGUUUUGUACGGUAUUGAAGUGUUUUAGUUGGCAAGUGUAACUGUCAAUGUGGCUGACUGCACACCAAUGUAAAAGAGCCACUAGCCACGGGGACAUUGCCAUCCUAGCAUCCCACAGUUCUGUGUUUCAGCCACAGAAGUUUGUCUGUUUGUUUGAAUUUGCAGUAUUAUUCAACCUCAUGCUCAAGCUUUCUUGCUCAGUUAUUUGCAGUUUCAGAGACUUUGUCAUCCUGAGAUUGUGGUAGCACUGUCUCUGAGAUUUGGCAGAGAGGAUAAGGAGUUUAAUGUUGCUUUAAGUUUGACUACUGUCAUGAAUUCUCUUAGGUGUGGCCAGAGUCAGUCUGUUGGAUUGGCAUGGCUAGUGCUUAACUGCUGUUUUUCAGUGGGGACACAAGUGGCACCAGGUGACCAGCCUUGUUCUGGCCUUUGAGAAAGUGAUUCCAGAAUUUGCUGUUUGAGAAUUGUAGGUGUAAGCUGUUGUUGCAUACAGUAUAUUGUACCCUUCCUCCACAGUGCACAGUGAACUAGAUAGCAUGUUUGGAACGCUGCAGGCUUAUUGGAUAGAUUGGUCUCUCUCUUUUUUUUUUGUGCUAUUUGUUACAGACUUGGAAACAGACUUCAUUUGUAGUUAGGAAUUGUUGUUUGUGGUCUCGAUUUCCUUGCAUAGCCAUUGGUUUGAUUAUGUUUACAAUUUUAAUUUCUGUGUUCCACCAAACUGAGACCCACUUCUGUAAUGCUAAAUUUAAUGAAUUUUUAAAAAUGCUAUUAUCUACUAAGUAGCUUGUCUUGCAAUAAUUGCACACUAAUUGUACAGCAUUAUACAAGAGGGAAGCAGCAGUGACUGAAACCAGUGCAAACAGUUGUUGGGGAAUUGCUACUGUUACCAAUUGGGAAUGACAAAGGGUUAAUAGCUUAUCCAUUUCCACAAAGUAAUUUUUUUACAGCACCCCUCUCAAGAUGGUUGCUAGCCUCUGCAUGUGAUCCUAUUGCCAUGGGAACAAGAGCCAGGUAUCAAUCUUGGGCUCACUGUAUGUGCAUGAAGGUUUAAAUCAUGUGUAAUUUUAUUCAAUUAUGUGCCAUUUGUUCUGAUUUUAGUGCCUAGUUACUGUCAGCAUUCUGAAUGGUAUGAUUGUGAAAUGUAACUAUUAUUGCUAAUAAAAUCCACUAAAAUUGGA